CAUUACACAGGGAUCUGUGAGCAUCAAACUGUUGUUUUGUCAGUUUCUGAAACCCUCAUUCAUCGCUAAACGUCACGGUCUCCUCUUUGAUUGCUCCGUGAUUGCUCAUCUUCAAGCCUCUCCAUAACUCGACGAAGGUAACACCUUUUUCUCUCCCUCUCUCUCGGAUUUCUUCGUCUACAAAAUUGAUUGGUUAUGGAUAAGGAAACAGAGGAAACCCUAAACUGCUUAUUACCCUUUGGAGAAGGAAACGACGCGAUGAUGAUCAGUGACUUUGUUGGAAGGUUUUGCGACACGCAAGAGAUAUCACUCCACUCAAUCUCCGACAAUUUCCCUGCGUAUCCCGGUCACUUCGGACACAGUCAGGUUCAGGAGAGCAACAAGAGCUCGUUACUGGUUCCAGGUUCGGUUUCUGGAACAGGUAAGACCAGACCCAGCUCCAGGAAGAGGAAAUCGAUUCGCACUGGAAAUGGCAAGGAGUCUCCAGCUUCCUCGUCUCUAACAGCUUCCAACUCCAAGAUGCAGGAAGAGAACAAUGCAGCUGUGGCUGGGAAGCAGAAUGAGACUGAAAAGAGCGAAAACAACAAGGACGAGGAGAAACCUUCUGAGCCAUACAAGGACUAUAUACAUGUAAGAGCAAGAAGAGGUCAGGCAACUGAUAGCCACAGUAUCGCUGAAAGGGCGAGAAGAGAAAAGAUUAGUGCGAGAAUGAAGUUGCUUCAAGAUUUGGUCCCUGGUUGCAACCGGAUUACUGGAAAAGCCGUCAUGCUUGAUGAGAUUAUCAAUUAUGUGCAGUCAUUGCAAAGACAAGUCCAGUUCUUGUCUAUGAAGUUAGCAACUAUAAAUCCAAGAACGGAGUUCAAUGCUGCUAAUGCUAUGUUAUCUGCAGAGAUGUUGCAGCUGGGAGAAUCAUUAUCUUGUUCAGAGUCAAGAUUUCCUUCAGAGUAUUUAGCUGUUGGCAAGAACAUUCUUAGUGAAGGAUUUGUUCAAGCUGAGGCGCCAGCUUUCUGGGAAAACGAUCUGCAGAGUAUUGUUCAUAUGGGUUUCAGUGAUUGUCCGCAACAGAGCAUCAACUGUUCUGAAUCUACGGUUCAGAUGAAAAUCGAGCCAGAGAGAUGAUCUUACUUCUGUAUAUUGUCAAAACAAAUGGUGAACGAACGGAACUGAGUAAUUAGAGUCUUUGGAGAUAAGGCUAAUUCUUCUGGUGUCUUUUGUUUGAUUCAAAAGAAUAAAAAAUUUCACUCUGUAAAAAGAUUAGUAGAACAAAUCUUGUUGUAUUAUUAUUAUUACAGAAUUAGCAGAUUAAGUUUGUGUUAGGAUGGAUCAAAUCCAAGCCCUUCCCUACUUGGAUAACCUGCAAUCAAAUAAGAAGACAAUUUUUAUUUUACCA